GAUUCAGUCCCUCUUUUGAUUAUAUUGGUUUCUUUGCCUGGGUCGGAUAUUUGUUUGAUUUGUGGGCUUUAUUGUACGAAACUGCAACUGGGCAGUCUUCCAAGAGAAUUUCAUGUGCAGAUUAAUACAGGAAGUGAUCUUUCGUGGGUUAGCCGCAGUUCCUGCAAUGGUUGCCCAGAAAAUAGUGGACUCCAUAUUCAGCUCAAUUUCUUUGACCCUGGGAGCUCAUCAACAUCUUCAUUGAUCUCCUGUAAUGAUGCAGUUUAAAUUCAAUCAUCCGAUUCUGGCUGUUCUGCUCAGAACAAUCUGUGUGGUUACACUUUUCAGUACGGAGAUGGUACUGGUACUUCAGGCUAUUAUGUCUCAGAUUUGAUGUACUUCGACACAAUUGUUGGCAAUACUUUGAUAACAAAUUCUUCAGCUCCUGUUGUCUUUGGGUGAAUUAACAUGAAUUUCUGAAGGUUCAAAUAGUGGUUAUGUUCACAUGCCUUAUAUAGCUUAGAGCAUGAAAUUUAUUUCCUUGAUAAUUCUGGCCAUGGACAGUUGUAGCACGUUACAAAGGGGGGACUUGGUAAAGUCAGAUAGAGCAGUUGAUGGGAUCUUUGGAUUUGGCCAGCAGGAUUUGUCUGUUAUCUCACAGCCUGCUUCGCAGGGAUUAACCCCUAGGGUAUUGUCUCACUGUCUGAAGGGAGAUGGUGGUGGUGGAGGUAUACUGGUUCAUGGUGAAAUUCUGGAUCCACAUAUACUAGACAUUCCACUUGUGCCAUCACAGUAUGUUAUUUUCUUGAACUCUUUAUUUCCCAUUUUGCAUCACUGAAAUUUUUCAUCCCGAAAGAAUAGUUAUUUUGGGACAUGCUAUGAGUCUUCAACUUGAUACAUUCUAUCACGAAAGUGGGUUUUUGGCUCU